AUGAAGAGCGCCCUGCCCGCUUUGCUCAUCCUCGCACACGGUAACCAGGUUUGCAAGUGGGAGUGUCCGCCCAAUCUAAACCAGCAGCCACGCUCUACACAACACGUAUGUGGUUCUCGCCUUAUCAUACUUCCUUCCUUACUUGCGCCGUGCCAUGAAGCGCCUAUGUAUGCGCGGGGCUAUCGUGGGACUGGAAGUGACGCGUUGAGGGCGCUGUGCGUCUUUGCAUGGAUGGAGGAAGAUAGCGUGGCGCUGAAGUUGUCGGUCGAAUCGACAGAGCUUGUUAAACCGUCGGGCGUCGCAUCACGUCGCAUUCAAGAACCGGAAGGCUUGUCGGAGGCGGCGCUUGCUUCCAUGAUCGCGGACACAUGGGAAAGAGCAUCUGGAUAG